AUGAGGAUAACUAUUCUUCGCAGCAUACUCGCUUUAUGCGGGUUCUUCUUGGCAUCAACUACUGCUGCCGAACUUCAACGUGAAACUGCCUGCUCGUCAAUUCUCAUCAAGCCUGGCGAUACCUGUGCCACCUUAGCCGCAAAAUGUGGUAUCACAACCGCCGAAUUCUACGACUACAACACAGAUUCUUCUCUCUGCUCAUCUUUGACCGCUGGGAAGCCUGUCUGCUGCUCAUCUGGAACACUCGAUAUCCCUCCUGAAGCAAGCCCCGAUGGCCUUUGCUACAGCUACACACUUCAGGCUGAAGAUACCUGUACGAGUAUCGCAGACGGAUAUGAGAUCACAAUUGAUGAGAUCAAGGCGUACAAUAAUGCUACAUUUGACUGGAACGGUUGCAGUGAAUUAAGUCAGGGUGCAUUUAUUUGUCUGAGUUCGGGAUCUCCACCUAUGCCGGUGGCUCUUCCGGAUGCUAUCUGUGGGCCGCAGGUACCUGGUACUACGCGCCCGAGUAAUAUGGCAGAUCUUCAUGAUUUGAAUCCAUGUAUUGCGACAAAUUGCAAGUGCAAUCUGAAUGUGGGACAGUGCUACAGUACUGUUGAUUCUAAUGUAGGAUGUGCCACGGGCACAGCUGCUAGGGUUUCCACUAGUACUGCGAAGGCUGCAACGACUACUUCAUCGAAGUCAAGGGCCACUUUAAAGAAAACCAAAUCCACUUCAACAAAACCAAUACCUACCUCAGCCAAGAUAUCGAAAACCAUUCUAGAGAAAGAAACAACUGAUUCAAUCUCCAAAACAGAGUCUGCCACUACCUCUACCACAUCAAUCGCCCAAAUCACAACAGCAUCCAGGACAAUGUCCACGUCAAUAACACCAGAAACCUCCAUAGUCGAAAUUACAACUGCUUCCUGGACCUCAAAUCCCUCAAAACCCUCUUCAACCCACUCAACAAUAACUCACACAAACUCAGGCACAACUUCUGCCGCAAAAACGACCUCCACAAAGUCCACCUCGACAACCACCUCCGCCGCUGCCUCAACAUUAGCCUAUAAUCCCUGGGAAGUGGCAAUGUACAGCAAAGAAGACUGCGCAGGCGACUACUAUCUCCUCUCGGGAAUCAAUCCGGACUUCGGUUCAGAUUGCCUUGACAUCCACGGCGGUCUGUCGUCUGCCUUCACCAAAACAGGAACCUGGUGUCGCUGGUACACGGAUGGCGGGUCCACAUCAACGGAUUGUGAUGCAGGAACGCUGGAAACACCUGCAUCCUGGUAUUUUACCAAUGCAAUGUGUGAAGUGUUUCCUUCGAAUGAUUGUACCAAUACCAAUGGAACGGCGCAGGCCUACACUUCUGCUGGUGGAAGUGGAAGUGUAAAUAGAUGUACCAAUUAUGCGGAUGCGGCGUUCAAGGUUUCACCUUGGGGUUCGCUUUGGUGUAGUGGGAUUGAUGGUAAGUUCUUGUAG